ACUUCCGCCAGCGCUCGACGGCGCGCCGGGAGUCUGGGUCUCGCGAACGCGUCAGAAGCGUCCCUACAGCCGGGAACGCGCCUCGCGGAUGACAACAAAUUCGUCGCGCGGCGGCAGUGAAGGUGUCUGCCUCAGCCCCUGCCGCCUCCCCUCGCGCUCUCUUGCACUCUCUCUGAGCCGGUUGGGAUCUCCCUCGGAAGUCCCCUGGCCUGGGGCCAGGAGGACCCCUCUGCGUCUUGCCUCCGCCAGGCCCAGCGCGAGCGGCGCGGCGCCGGCGAUGGGGUCUCCCUGAGGAACUCCCGGCGCCAAACAGCGAUGAAGGGGCCGCCCCAGGCUUAGGCCCCGCCGCGGCCUGGAGCCGGAGUCGCUGCUCUGAGGCCGGAGCCACCGCCACCCGCAGCCGCAGUCAGCCCAGCUGCCAGCAGUCACCAUGCCUUGGCCGUUUUCGGAGUCUAUCAAGAAGCGGGCCUGCCGGUACCUCCUGCAGAGGUACCUGGGCCACUUUCUGCAGGAGAAGCUGAGCCUGGAGCAGCUCAGCCUGGACUUGUACCAAGGCACCGGGUCCCUCGCCCAGGUCCCCUUGGACAAAUGGUGUCUCAAUGAGAUCUUGGAGUCAGCAGAUGCACCCUUAGAAGUCACUGAAGGAUUCAUUCAGUCAAUUUCCCUGUCAGUUCCAUGGGGCUCUUUGCUGCAGGAUAAUUGUGCACUAGAAGUGAGAGGAUUAGAAAUGGUCUUCCGGCCUAGACCUCGCCCAGCAACUGGUUCUGAGCCUAUGUAUUGGUCAAGUUUUAUGACCAGCAGUAUGCAAUUGGCAAAAGAAUGUCUUAGCCAGAAACUAACAGAUGAACAAGGAGAAGGAUCCCAGCCUUUUGAAGGACUUGAAAAGUUUGCUGAAACCAUUGAAACAGUACUAAGAAGAGUAAAAGUCACUUUUAUAGAUACUGUUUUGAGAAUUGAACAUGUGCCAGAAAAUUCCAAAACUGGAACUGCACUUGAAAUUCGAAUAGAAAGAACUGUAUACUGUGAUGAAACUGCUGAUGAAUCCUCAGGAAUUAAUGUGCAUCAACCCACUGCUUUUGCUCACAAGUUACUUCAGCUCUCUGGAGUGUCUCUCUUCUGGGAUGAGUUUUCUGCAUCAGCAAAAUCUUCCCCAGUGUGUUCAACUGCACCAGUGGAAACUGAGCCAAAGCUGUCACCUAGCUGGAACCCCAAAAUUGUUUAUGAGCCACACCCACAGUUAACUAGAAAUUUACCAGAGAUAGCACCCUCUGACCCAGUGCAGAUUGGAGGGUUGAUUGGUAGGUUGGAGUUGAGUCUCACGUUGAAACAGAAUGAAGUACUUCCUGGAGCUAAGUUGGAUGUUGAUGGACAGAUAGACUCUAUUCAUUUACUCCUGUCACCGAGACAGGUGCACUUGCUUUUGGAUAUGUUGGCGGCUAUUGCUGGACCAGAAAAUUCUAGCAAAAUAGGGUUAGCUAAUAAAGAUAGGAAAAAUCGACCCAUGCAGCAGGAAGACGAGUAUCGAAUUCAGAUGGAAUUAAACCGGUAUUAUUUGAGAAAAGAUUCCCUCUCUGUGGGUGUAUCUUCAGAGCAAAGCUUUUAUGAGACAGAAACAGCUCGUACACCUUCUAGCCGUGAAGAAGAAGUAUUCUUCUCCAUGGCUGAUAUGGACAUGUCUCAUAGUCUCUCUUCUCUUCCACCCCUUGGGGACCCCCCAAACAUGGACCUUGAGUUAUCAUUAACUAGUACAUAUACAAAUACCCCAGCAGGAUCUCCAUUAAGUGCUACUGUGCUUCAGCCCACUUGGGGAGAGUUCCUUGAUCAUCAUAAAGAACAGCCAGUAAGAGGGUCAACAUUUCCAUCCAACCUAGUUCACCCAACAUCUUUACAGAAGACAUCUCUCCCAUCUAGAUCUGUUUCAGUGGAUGAAUCCAGGCCUGAACUUAUUUUUAGACUAGCUGUGGGAACUUUUUCAAUCUCUGUGCUUCACAUUGAUCCUUUAUCUCCACCUGAGACGUCAUUGAACCUUAAUCCAUUGACACCUAUGGCAGUAGCUUUCUUUACUUGUAUAGAAAAGAUUGAUCCAGCAAGGUUUUCAACAGAAGAUUUUAAGUCUUUCCGAGCAGUGUUUGCAGAAGCUUGCUCACAUGAUCACCUUAGAUUUAUAGGUACUGGCAUUAAAGUAUCCUAUGAACAAAGACAAAGAUCAGCUUCCCGAUAUUUUAGUACUGAUAUGUCCAUUGGGCAAAUGGAAUUUUUGGAGUGCCUAUUUCCAACUGAUUUUCAUUCUGUUCCUCCUCACUAUACAGAGCUUUUAACGUUCCAUUCCAAAGAAGAAACUGGUUCCCAUUCCCCUGUGUGUCUUCAGCUUCAUUAUAAGCAUUCUGAGAAUAGAGGGCCCCAGGGUAAUCAAGCAAGACUUAGUUCAGUUCCUCAGAGGGCAGAAUUGCAAAUUAAAUUAAAUCCAGUGUGUUGUGAGCUGGAUAUCAGUAUUGUGGACAGGUUAAAUUCCUUGCUUCAACCACAGAAACUUGCCACAGUAGAGAUGAUGGCAUCCCACAUGUAUACUUCAUAUAAUAAUAAACAUAUUAGUCUGCACAAGGCUUUCACUGAAGUGUUUUUAGAUGAUUCACAUAGUCCUGCAAAUUGUCGAAUAUCAGUGCAAGUUGCCACACCAGCAUUAAACCUUUCUGUUCGCUUCCCAAUACCUGAUCUUCGAUCCGAUCAAGAAAGGGGACCAUGGUUUAAGAAGUCACUUCAGAAGGAGAUCCUUUAUUUAGCCUUCACAGAUCUAGAAUUUAAGACUGAAUUUAUAGGAGGAUCAACCCCAGAACAAAUUAAAUUGGAACUUACCUUUAGAGAACUAAUUGGAUCAUUCCAGGAAGAGAAAGGAGAUCCAUCUAUUAAGUUUUUCCAUGUGUCUAGUGGAGUAGAUGGAGAUACAACAUCGUCAGAUGACUUUGACUGGCCACGAAUUGUACUGAAAAUAAAUCCACCAGCCAUGCAUUCCAUUUUGGAGAGAAUUGCAGCUGAAGAAGAAGAGGAGAAUGAUGGUCCCUACCAGGAGGAAGAGGAAGGAGCUGCUCAUUCCUUGAAAGAUGUUUGUGAUCUAAGAAGACCAGCACCGUCUCCUUUUUCUUCUCGUAGAGUAAUGUUUGAAAAUGAACAGAUGGUGAUGCCAGGAGACCCUGUAGAAAUGACAGAAUUUCAGGAUAAAGCAAUCAGCAAUUCUCACUAUGUGCUGGAACUUACGUUACCAAAUAUUUAUGUAACACUACCUAAUAAGAGCUUUUAUGAGAAGCUUUAUAAUAGGAUCUUUAAUGACUUGCUGCUGUGGGAACCAACAGCUCCUUCACCAGUGGAGACAUUCGAGAAUAUUUCCUAUGGCAUUGGGCUUUCAGUAGCCAGUCAGCUCAUUAAUACUUUCAACAAAGAUAGUUUUAGUCCAUUUAAAUCUGCAGUUCACUAUGAUGAGGAGAGUGGAUCUGAGGAGGAGACUUUGCAGUAUUUUUCCACUGUUGAUCCCAACUAUCGUUCUCGCAGGAAAAAAAAAUUAGAUUCUCAGAACAAGAACUCUCAGAGUUUUCUCUCAGUUCUUCUGAAUAUUAAUCAUGGAUUAAUGGCAGUGUUCACAGAUGUGAAGCAAGAUAAUGGAGAUCUGUUGGAAAACAAGCAUGGUGAAUUCUGGUUAGAGUUCAAUAGUGGUUCAUUAUUUUGCGUGACAAAAUAUGAAGGUUUUGAUGACAAGCACUACGUUUGCCUUCAUUCUAGCAGUUUCAGUCUAUACCACAAAGGCAUAGUGGAUGGAGUGAUUCUCCCGACAGAAACACGACUGCCCAGCUCAACCCGCCCACACUGGUUGGAACCUACUAUUUAUUCCUCUGAAGAAGAUGGCCUCAGUAGAACUUCUUCAGAUGGAGUUGGAGGAGACAGUUUGAAUAUGCUGUCUGUUGCCGUUAAAAUACUGUCUGAUAAAUCAGAGUCCAAUACAAAGGAAUUUCUCAUUGCCGUAGGACUGAAAGGAGCCACACUCCAGCAUAGAAUGCUUCCUUCUGGGCUUAGCUGGCAUGAGCAGAUUUUAUACUUCUUGAAUAUUGCUGAUGAACCUGUUUUGGGAUAUAAUCCCCCAACUUCCUUUACAACUUUUCAUGUUCAUCUUUGGAGCUGUGCACUUGAUUAUAGACCCCUUUAUUUGCCAAUCCGAUCUCUUCUUACCGUGGAAACAUUCAGUGUUUCCAGUAGCGUUGCAUUGGAUAAAUCUUCUUCUACUCUCAGAAUAAUCUUGGAUGAAGCUGCUUUACAUCUAUCUGACAAAUGCAAUACUGUCACUAUAAAUCUGAAUAGAGAUUAUGUUCGUGUGAUGGAUGUGGGGCUUUUGGAGUUAACCAUUACUGCAGUGAAGUCUGAUUCUGAUGGAGAGCAAACUGAGCCCCGCUUUGAGUUACACUGUUCCAGCGAUGUCGUCCAUGUCAGAACAUGCUCAGACUCUUGUGCUGCACUAAUGAAUCUCAUUCAGUACAUUGCAAGCUAUGGUGACUUGCAGACACCUAACAAGGCAGACAUGAAGUCUGGAGCCUUUCAAAGAAGGUCUAAGGUAGAUUCCAGUGGUCGAUCAUCCUCCCGUGGUCCAGUACUUCCUGAAGCAGAUCAACAAAUAUUACGAGAUCUGAUGAGUGAUGCUAUGGAGGAGAUUGACAUGCAACAAGCCACCUCGUCAGUAAAACCACAGGCUAAUGGUGUUUUGGAUGAAAAAUCUCAAAUUCAGGAGCCAUGUUGUUCAGACCUCUUCCUGUUUCCUGAUGAGAGUGGGAAUGUAUCCCAGGAGCCCGGCCCCACCUAUGCCUCAUUCUCUCACCAUUUCAUCAGUGAUGCAAUGACAGGCGUACCUACUGAGAAUGAUGACUUUUGCAUUCUUUUUGCACCAAAAGCAGCCAUGCAGGAGAAGGAAGAGGAACCAGUUAUAAAAAUCAUGGUUGAUGAUGCAAUUGUGAUAAGAGACAAUUAUUUCAGUCUGCCUGUUAAGAAGACUGAUACGAGCAAAGCCCCCUUACACUUUCCCGUUCCUGUGGUUCGCUAUGUGGUGAAGGAGGUCUCUCUUGUCUGGCAUCUUUAUGGAGGAAAGGAUUUUGGAACAGUCCCUCCCGCUUCUCCGGCUAAAAGUUGUAUUAGUCCGCACAGUUCGCCUUCUCACACACCCACAAGACAUGGACGUAAUACAGUAUGUGGGGGAAAAGGAAGAAACCAUGACUUUUUAAUGGAAAUACAGCUCAGCAAGGUGAAGUUUCAGCAUGAAGUCUACCCCCCAUGCAAACCUGACUGUGAUUCCAGCCUCUCAGAACACCCAGUCUCCCGGCAGGUGUUCAUUGUUCAGGAUCUUGAGAUUCGAGAUCGUUUGGCAACAUCACAAAUGAAUAAAUUUUUAUACCUGUAUUGUAGUAAAGAAAUGCCUCGAAAAGCUCACUCCAACAUGUUGACAGUGAAAGCCUUACAUGUGUGUCCAGAAUCUGGCAGGUCCCCACAGGAGUGCUGCUUGAGAGUGUCGCUGAUGCCGCUCCGCCUCAAUAUUGACCAGGAUGCCUUGUUCUUCCUGAAGGAUUUCUUCACAAGUCUUUCUACAGAAGUAGAGCUUCAAAUGACUCCAGAUCCAGAAGUUAAAAAGUCUCCUGGAGCUGAUGUCACCUGCAGUUUGCCAAGGCAUUUGAGUACCUCAAAGGAGCCAAAUCUAGUUAUUUCUUUCCCUGGGCCAAAACAACCUUCCCAGAAUGGUAGUGCCAAUUCAGUGGAAGUGGUGAAUGGCACGGAAGAGAAGAACUUCUCUGCUGAAGAAGCAUCUUUUAGGGAUCAGCCUGUGUUUUUUAGAGAAUUUAGAUUCACGUCAGAAGUUCCCAUUCGACUUGAUUAUCAUGGCAAACAUGUAUCAAUGGAUCAGGGUACGCUAGCUGGGAUUUUGAUUGGUCUGGCUCAGUUAAACUGCUCUGAACUAAAGCUCAAGAGGCUUUCCUAUCGACAUGGUUUACUAGGUGUUGACAAAUUAUUCUCAUAUGCAAUCACUGAGUGGCUUAAUGACAUUAAGAAGAACCAGCUGCCUGGAAUCCUGGGAGGUGUUGGGCCUAUGCAUUCACUAGUACAAUUAGUACAAGGCCUAAAGGACUUGGUCUGGCUCCCAAUAGAGCAGUACCGGAAGGACGGCCGCAUUGUCAGAGGGUUUCAGAGAGGCGCUGCUUCCUUUGGUACCUCGACAGCAAUGGCUGCUCUAGAACUCACAAACAGAAUGGUUCAAACCAUACAGGCAGCUGCAGAGACUGCUUAUGAUAUGGUGUCUCCUGGUACCCUUUCUAUCGAGCCCAAGAAGACCAAAAGGUUUCCUCAUCACCGGUUAGCCCACCAGCCAGUAGACCUGAGGGAAGGUGUGGCCAAGGCCUACAGUGUUGUGAAAGAGGGAAUCACAGACACGGCUCAGACCAUUUAUGAAACUGCGGCUCGAGAACACGAGAGCAGAGGGGUGACUGGUGCCGUAGGCGAGGUUCUGCGCCAGAUUCCUCCGGCAGUGGUGAAACCUCUGAUUGUUGCCACAGAAGCAACGUCAAACGUGCUGGGUGGCAUGAGAAACCAAAUUAGGCCAGAUGUCCGGCAAGACGAGUCACAGAAAUGGCGCCACGGGGAUGACUGAUGGCUCGGAACUGACAGCGUGAAGAUAAGGAGAGUGGAACCAGGAGCUCAGCGUCCCAAUGGCAGCUUCAGAGGAAGCUUAUUUAAUUUUAUUAUGCUCAUCUCAGGAACAAAAGCAUUUUUUAGUUAAAUAAUUUAAUGUCAAAACAACAUGCAACCAAAAACUUCUGACAUUUAGGGCUAGUUGAUACUUGCCUAUAGAAAUGUUUGGUGGCUGGUGUCAAAGUUCCUUAAAGCAUUUGCUGCCAAAUUAGUGGAAGGCUCACUUUUGUUAAAUGACUGUAAUUCUGCUUGUUACCAACGAGAUCAUUGGAAGCCGCCUUCUAAGACACUCUUUGUGUAGCUCUGUGGAGUGAGUUUUCUUAAGGUUUCAAAAGAAUCACAGCUUCAAAACUUUAAUUGAAAAUGAGAGACAGAAGCCACAGGGGAAGCAAAGCAAAUAGGAUUUUUAAUAUAAAUAUCAGUGUGGAAAAAUAACCUAUUCUGUUGAAUUUAGUGUUCAUGCACUUGAGAACAACAUUAUUUCCAUUUACUCUGAAAAUCCUUCUGUGGGGGUUUGAGAAGGUGGAUGUUGCAGACAUGUUCUGUUGUGUUGCACUUUAUCCUGUGUGUGUGUUUCGAUUAAUUCAAGUUGUGUGCUGUAUUUCUUGUAUAAUUUACGAAGUUACACAAAAUACAAAGAGCAGUAAACUUGUCUGAAAGUUUUUGGCAAAGGAAAGUAACUUAAAUGUAAUAGCUUCCUUUAAGAGUACAGGAAAAUAUGCAUUCUAUAAUGAAGUGGGGCCCGUGUAAUUGUUUAUAUUUUCAGUUUUAAGCAGCUAUAGUGCAAGCUUGUUAGGAAUGCGUGGAAGAGGAGAUUAGAAGUGAUUUUUCCUCUUUUAAAAGUAAACAAAAAUUCUUCAAAUAUGCCCUAGUUAACUAUUUCAGCGUACCAUUUUUACUUGGUUAACAGUGUACAUUUUGAUAACCUAUCAGGAGUGAAUAAAGUAUUUUUAUUUAAAGGCAAUAUUGUUUUAUGCUUCCAUGAAUAUUUUGCUUUUCUUAGAGCAUAUUCCUAGGUGCAGUACCAUGAUUUACCACAAGAUAAUUGGGAACACUUUCUCAAAGUUGAUUUUGCUUAAUAUCAGGUAAAUCAUUACCUAGGAGUAAGAGGGAAAUUGUUCUCAAUUCCUGACUUUAGAUUGAUCCAGCAGAAAGAAAAGGUGGAACUUUGUGUACAUCCACUGUUUAAAGUUGCAUGACGUGACUUCCUGUUUUCUAAAGUUGGGGGAAUAUCAUUGAAUUUCGAUUUCAGAACUGCAUGUCAAUUUGGGACUUGGAAAAUGAAGUUAAGUCGAUUUCAUUCUCUAAAUUUUCUAAACAGGAAAGCAAUGUAAACCAAAAAUCAAAAUGUUUAGAAUUUGUAAAAAUGGGGUUAUAUAGCUUUUAAUUUUAGUUUCCUUUUUACUGCCAAAAAAACUUAAAAAGACAACAGCGUAAUCACCUGUUUAAGCACUGUGGGACCAUCUGCUAUUCAGUUCUGGGUAGAGCCUGGUCCUGGAGACAUACUAACAGGAAGGCGUGCUGUGUUACCGGGAAGGCACCUCUGGCUGUGGGGUGCGUUCUCACCACCCCACUCAGAUGCCAGCAUUCUCCAUUUGCCCUUAAUAAGGAAGCUUGCUAUGUGUGUUAACCCAGUUAUGAUUAGUCAAACUGGAAAACACUUGAUCAAACUUAAAAUUGUAAAAUCUCUCUAACUUUUAAAUAUACUUUCCGUAUUUAUACUUAAGUUCAGUUAACUACAGUAUGGAGACAAAUAAUUAUUCUCUUCUUUGCACCCUGAGUUGCAAACAAAUUAAGUUUACAAAUCUCAUUUAAACAUAUAUCUUUAUAAUGUAACCUCUAUGGUUCUUUCUUUGUUCUGCCCUCCUGCGCCUGCUGUUGAUAUAAUCAUUUUGGGAACAGAAACAUUGUAUCUCAAAAAGAUUCAUUGUCAGUUCAGCCAAGAUGUUCUUUACCUGAGAUUCUGGAAGGAUGUUUAUCUAUAUCUGAACACUUCUACAUUAUUAAAUGUCCUUAAGUUUUUUCUUUUUUACAAGUGUCUUUUCAAACGUUUGUGUUGUGAUGACACAGCAGAAAGAGUGUGGCUGGAAUACGUGGUUUGCCACAUCUGCAGCUUACCAAACGAUGACUUGUCCAGUACGCCUGAUGCCUGUAAGCCUCAGCAUCCCUCCUGGUAAACAGAGGGUUUUUUACGACAAAGCCCAAGGCGGAGUUUUGGAUGAUUAGUCCAUGUGUGCGUGUGAGAAUGAUUGCAUGUGGCGUCAUGCUUUGUACAGAGCCUCAGACCACUGGGCCUUGUCCAGUGAGAGUCCUCUCUCUGGUGACAUCACACAUGGAGCAGCCAGGGGCCACCUUAGAUCUCAGAUCUCACAGAUCUCAGAGCAAUGCUUUUCUGAACUGCCACUGUGCCUGCGUGGUUGGGUUUGGUGUCAUGCUUCUGAUGAGAGUAGAUCACGCGUGUCCACCAGUGAUAUGUUGAGUCCUUACAGUUGCCCCCCCCAUGGAGUUCCGUAAGCAGCUCCAUCGAGAUCUGUCAGCAAGUUGCAGGACCCCACAAUGUUCUGGCACGUUAAGACCACCUGACAUCACGAGUAGAGAGGCAGCUGAGGCCACAGCCAUGUCUUCCUCUUGAAUGGAGCUAACUUGGAACCCCCCAUUUUCCCUUCCUGUCUGCCCGCCACUGAACAUUGUCCUUUAGAUAACUCAAUGUUUCUUCUAGAUGUCAUAGCAAUAGACUUUCACUUUCAUGAAGUUUGGGUACAAUUUGGAUUCUCAAGUACAUAUAUUUAUCAAUAUUUUUAUAAGGCAAAGUUCACUUAAAAAAUCUUUCCAAGUAGCAGUGUGCCUAAGAUGGCAACAUACUAAAAACCAGUGUCUCCUGCUCCUGUUGUAUGUCACUUUUCAAGCCGAUUGAAACAUUUCUGGCUUGUAGGGCAUUACUUUUUAACCAUCUCCUUUAUAAACAGUGUUCUGUAGGUUUGGUGUCUUUGUUCAGUUCCAAAAAAUGUCCAGACAACUGUGUCUGCCCCUGCAGAGGCUGCUCGUCCAAAGGCAGCGUGUGCCGCUGCCACCGGAACGCAGACAGCAGGGGAGCUGAAUUCUAAAGCAGCGACUUAAAAUGAGGAAUCCACAAUGACACUAAAAGGUUUCAGGAUUGACUAAUCAUUGUCUUAACGGUAACUCAGAUUUUUGAUGUGUAAACAGCUGUGUGACUUGACGUCUGAGAGAUCGCUCUGCUUUGCUUUGCUUCAGAGUUCUUGCACCCGCAUCCUCAGAACCGUGGGGCAUGGUGGGCUCUGACCAGCGCUCCCCUUCUGUUUUCCUUCACUACUUUUGACCUACUUAAGACUUCAGAGAGAAUGUCCUUCAAGUUCUUUUCUCCAUCAAGUUCUUUAAGUUCUUUGAAAGGAAGGGACUGUGCAAACAAAGUGAUAUUCUUUUGUAUCUGCAAAUGCAUCAGCUGGACAUACCAAUUGGUAUCAAAUAGAAUAAAAUCAAAUAUAAAUUUUUGAGUCUUAGGUUAAAAAGGAAAGUUACUUGUAUAGUUUAUAGAUAAUGAAGGAAAAAGAUUUCUUCUUUUUCAUUGCAGGAAAUCUUGUUUACUGGAAGAUAGAGUCACUGUUUUCAUAUAAGACAAAUAGUGCUUUAAUGCCAACUUAUUUUUAUCUCAACAUUUUCAGGAUCAUGCUAGGCACACUGCCUCCUUGAAUAGACAUUAUAUGCACAGCUGCAAGUCAGCCAAUUUUUUUUUAUUCAGAAGUAUUUUCCCCCCCAUUAUAGUGCCUGCAUAUCUGAGGUACAAAAAGCAUUCAACACACUACCAUAAUAGGCUUCUUUGGGGAUGAGAAAUUUGAGUCUCAACAACUCAGAAUUUGAAAUGUCAGCGUUUUUGGUAAACGUAGGUGUUAGAGGUAUAUUUUGCUUUCCUACAAUUGUUGGGCCCUCGAUUCCAAGCAUGUUGCUUCAUAGGAAGCACCAGAGUGCCAUCUGCUGUAUUUCAAGAGAUUGUAAAUGUCAUCUCAGCUGGCUCAGUUAUAUCUCUAAUGUCCCGGGUAGCAGCCCUUCCCUCUAAAAACAUGUUUACUUUGCUGUUUCACUUGUAUUUUGUGUAUACGAAAUGGCAGCUUCCGAUUUCUAGUUGGAUUUGUCUUGCAUUGUUUGUAUAACUUGCUGGUCACCCAGGGCUAUUUGCUUUUUCACUGAGAAAUUUGGUAGGGGUGUCUAGUUCAGCUUUUAUGUUGAUCCACCCUGACUUAUUUUAGACAUUGAAUUUAUCUCACCGCAAGUAAAAGAACAUAUGUGUAUUGACUGUCUUUGCUAAGUUUCCUAAUUUUUCCUAAUUAUGGCAAGUAUGGAUGUGAAUAAGAAUACUGAUGCUGUACAAAUAUUUUUGUGGAAAUGUACCAUGUUAAUGUGACUAUUUAAAUAAUAUGAAAAUAAGAAUACUCUUGAAGAAAAAAUUAAAAUAUUUACUCUUUGGA